CACGCACACACACACACACACACAACUGCGAAAUGCAUAGGUGAUAGCAGUAACCAGUCGAGCUUGUACUUUGGUGUAAGCAGAUGUCACUUUGUACAAUGCGGGUGUAGCAACCUACAAACUUUUCAAAUGUAUCGGUUUAGUGUCCUGUUUAGCGUUUUUCUCUUAAUGGAUGCUGCAACUGCCGCUGAAGGCGACGUGUGUUAUAGUACAGGAGGUAUCGCCGGAAUUGUCUUGGCUACAAUUGCGGUGACACUUAUCACAUCUGCAAUAGCCCUCUUCGCAGUUUGGUAUUUCUACAAUAAACGUUCAGCCAGAAGAAAUGGAGUAGAAGAAGAAAAUCUCUCUCAAAAAGCAAUUCCAGAAUUAGACAGUAAAUAUGCUUUUGAUAAUCCGUAUUUCAGAGACGACGAAACGGAUAAAGCGACGGUGGAUGAUGCGGAAAAAGGGCAAGCCGGAAUAACUUCGGAUAACGGAACCGUGGUCCAGCCAAAUUUUACGGUAUUUCCUCCAAAAAAUAAAAAGUUGAAAUUAGCUAAAAAUCAUCCUUUCUCUUCAGUAUUCCACGGAGUGAAGAAACAAAGAAGUCGAGAUGAUUCUUAUUUGGCUGUAGAACCGGAACGAAUAACGGUACCUUUAAGAGGACACGAUUUUACCGGUUUAGGUUUCAAUAUCUGUGGUAAUAUGAGAGAUGGAAUUUUUGUCAAAGACGUUCUGCAUCACGGACCGGCCAGCGAAUCCGGAAAGAUUAGAGCUGGAGACCGCAUUCUGAGCGUGACCGUAUCUUUCAAUAAUAUGGUAUACGAGGACGCUUUAACUAUUUUGAGUUACGCUUCCCCUUAUAAUGUUCACUUAGAAUUGGCCAAAGCUACCGAAAAAUCACAAGUAAUGCCCACUUCCCCGGGUAAACGCCUAGGAUCUGUAAGUUUUCGUUCCGGAGGACAGAGAUUGUUUCAUCCUUUAUAUCGUAGUCAGUCUAUAGAUGACUUGACACAAAUUGGAAAAGAGACUUAUCCCAAUCAAGAACUGGCGCCCAAGAGAUCUCAGAGUAUUGGUUUGACAACCAAUCAAAAACCCAACAGACCAUAUUUAAGAAAUGCCGACAGUCUACCCGAAGAAGCUGAUAGAUCGGCAGCAGCUUUAAUUUCCACGGGUUCCCUAGAUGAAGAGGCACUAGCGGUACUUGCGGAAGAAACUUUACAAAAGUCACUUUCAUCCGAUUCGAAAUUGGAGUUUAUAGAAGAUACGGAUUCUUGUAAAGUUCAAGACGAUAACGUUCCAAAAGACGAAGAAGAAUCGAAAAAUUCCAACUUAGUCUCUCCAGAAGAUGUCAAAAUAACUUUGACCCAUUCGGAAGAGAAUGAUAAAUAUGAUUCAGAUAAGGAGGACGAUAAACCUCCUCAACCGUAUCCACGUAGAGGUGGAACACCCGGGAAAAGAAAAGCACCUGCGCCACCCAAACCACCCCACGGUAAUUCUGCAGAAACCAUAGCACAAAUUCAUCAAGUGGAUUCGGAUGAACUUGACUGUAAAAAUUCGAAACUCGAUAAAUCGAAUAACUCUAAAGAAACCUGCGAUAUACCACAAAUAAAAAAACUAAAAGAUGGGGGAGAAAAUGAUAGUUUGGAUACAGAAAGUUUGCACGACGACAUCGGAAGUCACUCCGAUGUUUCGAACGAUUCCUUAGAGUUAGGUAUACCCGAAGAACCCAAACGCAAAUCUUCCUCGCUGGGAGAUCUUACUAAAUUAGAAGAAAUAAGUACGAAAAAAUCACCAACGCUAUUAGAAAGAGCGGUAUCGUUGGAUCUGAAACAAGAUUCCAUUCCAGAUUCCAAUCUAGUGCAACAGAAAAAGAUUUUGAAACCACCAGAUUUCGAUAGGAGUGACAGUACAGACGUCUCGACCGAACAGAACGGAUCCAUAGAAAACGAUCUAAAGAAAUGGAAUGUUGGCGAUAAGCAAAUUAAUAUGAGUUCAACCGAAUGUCAAAGCGAAAUAUUUAAUGAUUCACAGAAAAACGACGUUGAAUUCGAAACUGCUUCGGAGCCUUCCACAGCCAGUCAUUCCCCGAGUCUUUCUAUAUCUAGUGAUAACGAAACAAAAACCAUUACCUCAACACCAAUAAAGAAAGUCAUUCAGGCCGAUACUUUAUUAACGACUGAUUUGAAAUUAAAUCAAGAACAUAAUCAGAAUGGUGUACCUCGCGAAAAUGAACACAAAUUAGGAAAAAACCAUACAGACAGUGCGAUAUCCAUAGAAAUUCCGGUGAUUCCACCCGUCAUUAAACAGUUAGAAAAGAGAGAACAUCCUUCUCCGCCAGUUGUACUGCAGUCUUAUCAACCAUCCUCGCAGCAGAAAGAAGUGAUAGAAAUCAGCGAAAAAGAAUUGGACAACAUUAUGAUGUCCCAUAAACAGUUUUUAUUAAAGCAAGCAAAAGCUACCGGUGUAUAUACUAAUUUAAAUCCAGACGCUUCUAAAACUGAUGCCGAGAUCGAAUUCGAAUCGUGGAGCUAUACAGACGAACAGAACAGUAAACAGACUAUUAACGGAAACGAAAGUGAUACAUCAACCAGUCAUUAUAAUACCGGAUUAGAGAUGUCUUCCGAACUCUCCGAAACAAAAGAAGCACCUCUGUGGAAACAAGCGGGAUUAUACGAAGAAGAUAACGCUCCUUUAUGGAAACAGAAAGACACAUCUCAGGAAUAUACCGUAAGGACACCGGGAGGAGGAUACACCAAAACAAUAAUCAUCACUUCAUCGGGCGAUGUUCCAUCCAAGGAUCCCUCUCUUCCGAAAUUACAACCGUCUUGUAACUGAUUUUAUACGGACGAACAAUGACUUUUAUGUCAAGUUGUCUGUCUCCCUAGGGAGAUCUGGUUUGAACCGACUUUGCUCAAUUUGACAUCUGUAAAAAUAUUAAGUUGGACGGCUUUUCACACGACAAGCGUAACAUACCCAUUAUAAAUCGUGAAUGAUUAAGCUUUAAAGAGAAAAACCGGAGCAAAUUAGAGUGUGGUUGGAGCUGGAAUCGUUUACGAAACGGAGACACGCUGCCAUUUUCAAACGCAGCUAUAUUGUAAAAUUUUAUAAUUUUUACACGAAAACGUUGAAAAAAAGCACUUAUUGCUGAAUUUGCGAAAAAGUUUUUAAAACGAUUUAUUAUUUAAUGAAAACAAUCUUCAUAACGUUUUAGAAUCAACAAGACCAAUGCGUAGAGUUUAGACUACCUUCAAUUUAUUCCUCUUAUUAAAAAAAAAAAAAAAGCAAGAGAGAAAGUAUACUUAAAGCCAUUU